CGGAACACACGACUGCGAUGUUCUUCCUGAUGUGACUGAAAACUGUCACCGUUGGCACCCAAAGCGCUCUUUCUCUCGCUCUCUCUCUCUCUCUCCUCCACUCUACCCAUCAAGGACAGACACGGCAGAGUGAAGGAAGGACAGUAGUGUUAACUCUCUCAUCCUCCUCUUUUUCUCUCCCUCCAUCUUUCUGUUUUCUCUUCUCCAUUUUUCUCAUUCAUCAUUCUUGUUCUUCUCCCACACUCUUUUACACUCACUCGCUUUCUUUCCCUCACUCAGUUGCGCUCACUCUCCCUCCCUCCCUUGUUCUCUCAUGAAUGUCACCUUUAUUGGUGGUAGCCGCUGGAUUUGCGCACACACCCACAUACACACACGCUCGCUGGCUUCUGUGGGGGGUGGGGGUGGAGGGUAAUGUAGGGCUGUGGGGAGAGAUAGCGCGUGCCAGAAGAGGCAGAAGGAAAAUUUCUCGGAGUCCAUUCUUCUUUUGCCGGCUCCCGUCCUGCGACUCAGGGCUUUGUCUGUCCCAGCAGUUGAAGCAGAAGUGCCUCUGGACAUAGGAGCACUGGAUUACCGCUUCCAGAUUAUAUAUUUUUUUUUUCCUCCAGCACAACUAAAGUUAGCCCUAGGGACUGCAGGCUGACCAUCUGCCCGGUUCUGACAGGAUCUGAUUUGAGUCGAAUAAUUCUGCUGCCAGUAAGUGAAGAACUUUCCACGAAGACCAGCCAUGUGUGGGUGAGAAAGCUCUUCAUCUAUGUGUGCUAAACUUUAGCUUUGUCAGUGUUUUUGUCUUCAGGAACAAGGCACAAGGGGAGGGGAGGGGAGAAGAGAGAAGGGGGGGGGGGCAAAUAUGUCGGCAAUGUCGCAACGAUGACUUUGUCAGCCUCUUUCUGUAUCUUUUUGUGGAAACGUGACUGCGUCAAUUUACAUUUUUUACGGAUUUGUUGUGGUGUCAAUAUGUAUUUAGCGAAACAAACAUAAUGAAGGACAAACCAUGGACAGGUUGUGAGUGGACCAGAACUUAACCUCUUCCCUUACUGGAGGGUAACACACGGACACGUGAGGAACCUACUUGAAUUCUUGGUUCGCCGCGCAAGGUUUGACCCUUGACUUUUAUCUCUUUGUGCUGCUGGUAAAAAGACAAUCAUCCAGAGAGGGUCUCUUAGGCAAACAGAGACCCCCCUCCCAAAGGUGAGAGGGGGGGGAAGAUGGCAGCUCUUGCCAGUUCUCUCAUCAGACAAAAACGGGCAGUCAAGGAGGACCAAUCCAACCGGCCAGUAGCUAGCAAACGCAAGCCGUGCCCCAAGAGCAACAAGUCUCUUUGCCAGAAACAAAUUCUCGUUCUCAUAUCAAAAGUACGGUUAUGUGGCGGCCGCAGAGGAAGAACAGACAAAAGACCAGAGCCACAGCUAAAAGGCAUCGUCACCCGUCUGUACAGCCAGCACGGCUACUACCUGCAGAUGCUGCCGGAUGGCACCAUGGACGGCACAAGGGACGAGAACAGCUGCUUCUCACAGUUCAACUUGAUUCCUGUGGGUCUGCGGAUAGUGGCGAUUCAGGGAGCGAAGACUGGCUUUUACCUGGGCAUGAACAGCGAGGGAUACCUCUACACCUCCGAGAAUUUCAACCCAGAGUGCAAAUUCAAAGAGAGUGUGUUUGAGAACUACUAUGUGACGUACUCCUCCAUGCUGUACCGCCAAAGCCAGUCUGGACGCUCGUGGUACAUUGGCAUCAACCGGGAUGGCCAAGUAAUGAAGGGCAACCGUGUGAAGAAGACCAAAGCAGCCGCACACUUCCUACCUAAAGUCAUCGAAGUGGCCAUGUACAAGGAACCUUCACUGCAUGAGCUUGUAGCGGAGCAGAGUCCUCCACGCAAAACCGUAAAGACUUCAGACUCCCCGUCUCACAAGAAUGGCAGGAAAGAGGCCCCCAGAGCUGAUGCUUCAUAGCACAGGGGGCGCACGCAGGGAGGGUGAGGGACUACAUAGACACUGAGAACUCCAUUUUCCUUCAUGUAAUGAGGGCAGGAAGAGCUGUGUGAGCGGCUGUCAGUUGUGGGUUUUUGAACGGGGCAAGAUCAGAUGGACAAGUGGAGAAUCCCUGCCUCUCUCCAUCGAACCAGCUCACAUAUAUUUCCACUGACCCAGCAUGAAACCUGACCCCCCCCUCCCCCGUAUGAUCCCAUAAUCCUCUGCAAAAACAUUUUCCAUGCACCCAUGUGCCCUACUUGAGUUCUGUCACAGUGUCAGACGAAAAAUGCAAACAAUAUCCAUCCUAACUGAAGAAUUCAAUUGACUUUUCUUUCCCUACGGUUUCUUUUUGUUUGAACAAAGAGUUUUAGUGCAAGAAUAAAAGCGAAGGAGAGAGAGGUUAUUAUCCCAUAUCAUCAUAAUGAUUUCAGCAGAUGAGACCCUCGCUGGUUCAUUUUUUUUUCCUGCCAUCACUUUGCCAAAGGCUGCUCUGUGCCAGUCAGAACUAUACGAAGGAGCAUAGUAAAAUUAGUUUUUAUUGGACCAUUCAAUGAGGAUCCAGUUCUAAUGGUCAGCAGGUGUCCAUUGAUUUCUGCUGGACUGCUGCCAGGGAAGCCAGUGGUGUUGUGCAUAAUAUGUGAUUGGGCAGCUUUUGAAAUCAAACAUAAAUCUGUAGUUGUACUUCUUUCCACUGUCUGAUAUUCUCAAAAACAACCCAAUGAGGAGGAUUAUGAAUUUAGAUUGAAUCCACAACUCAAAACACAUCUGUUUUUGGUUUAAUUAUGGCUACAACUGCGGACUGUAAGAUCCAAAAAAAAGAAAAAAAAAGAAAAAAAGAAAUUCUCGUGUGAAACUCUAUUCAUGUUUAAUGGCCAGUUGGCUUGAAGUGGCUUCUGUAUCAUUGGCAAACGAGUGAAGAUUAUUCGGGGCAGUUGUUUGAUAGCUCUUUGAUGGAAUUCUUACAGGGGAUUACAUGGAGUCGAGCCAUGAUUGCUUGAAUUAUUUACUCCUUUUCCCGGGAACGUUCCGCUUGUUCAAGCAGCUCGGACAAGAGAUUUUAAUAUGCAAAUUUAAAUUGCGGCAAGCUGAUCAAUGACGCAAUGUUUGUGUGCGUUUAGACGUGCGUAUUAGAGUGUGAAAGAGACAGAACGAUGUGAAAUGAACAUCUGCUUCCAUUAUUUAUUUGUGUGUGCGGCAGUCUGGACACACGUGUAAACGCAUUGGCUCGCACACCACAGUUGAUCAUUUUAAUGGCUCGGUAGAGUCUGGGCAUUUUAAUCUGCCUGGAGAUGUUGACUGAUGACCCUCUCCAGGUUUCAUAAUUGACACAUAACCAAGCGGAUGUGCUGUGACAUCCAGGAUCUCUUUGUAAUUCCACAGGCAUCUUAUCAGUUUACACACACCACACUCAGUUAGUUGUUUGCAAUGUGUGCGUUUGCAAGUGCAUUGGUCAACCAGCUUCCAAAUGGUGACCUUUUGUCCUACAGAAGGGAAGCAACCGCCUCUUAGAUGAUGACAUGCAUUUGUGGGCCAAUAGCAGUUGCUGAGGCUGUAAAGGUAUGGCUUGCAUGUCUUUUGUUGGUUUUGCUGCUGUUCUGUCUGAGAAAGGUCAUUUGUUAAUUCUUAUUUGUGUUCACAUAGACGUUCACAUAGAUCUCUUUGAGCUGUGCCCUAACAUCUGACCAGCAAGAAAAAGAAAAAAAGAAAUAAAUACAUACAUAAAAUGAAUCAAUAUUUGACUAAAAAUUAAAUCAAAGGACAUAAAAUAUUUUGGAAAAUGCAUCAGGAAGUAGGAAGAAUGUAUAGUGGAUGUUAGUGAGGGUUUGUGCAAGUUGCAGAAAGUGUUUAGCAUGUUGAAGCAAGGUACGUGUAUGUGUCUCAAUGAAAGUUAUUAGCAAGUUGAAUAUUAAAGGAAUAUUCCAGUUCAACUGAAUUGAAUGAACAGCAGAUGUGGCAUAAUGUUGAUUUAACUAAAAAUGCAUUUAAAUCUUUUCCUAAUUUUCUACAGAAAAAAAUAAAAUAAAAUAAAAAAGUGAUGCACUUGAAAUUAAUAUUAAUUGAUUUUUUAGAUAAUUUUCAAGUAGAUAUUCAAAGCUUUUCAUUUAAUAAAAGAUGUACAUUUAUUGUUCCGUUUAAACUUGUGCAUUAAUAUAGCAGUAAAGCAAUUUAAAUUGCCCUUUUUAAUCAUUUUUAUGGUUUUAACUGUUUUGUUUUCAAGUAAAAUUGAAUACACUUUUAUACCAAAAUUUAGUAAACAUUUUUUUGUACACUAAAAUCAUGUUAACAUGCACAUUUUUAUAUCUUGUGCCGUUUUAUUAAAGAAAGAAUAUAUUGAAAUUUAUCCUCUUCACUUUCAUUGUAAGUGCUUCACUGAUUUUUGUUGCUUCUACUUUUUUUUCUUUAGAGAAAAGGGGGGACAAUUGAAAAUACAUUUUUGUGUUAAUCAACAUAAUGCCACAAGUGCUGUUCAUUGCACUUAACUUGUAUUGAGCCUGGAACAUUCCUGUAAUGUGUAGCAUGAGAAAGGCUGGAGAAAGUUUGGUUAUGCAUGACGAGAUUUGGGAUGAAGACAAUUUGCUGGCUGCGAGAGUCUGUGAAAAUCCUGAGGGCAGCUCUGUGAUUGAAGUUAGCUGGUGGAGAGGAAGACGACAUUCGAUUAUGAGGAGCAAAACCAGAAGAUCAUUAAGUUGGAUUCUUGGAGGAGAACGUGUGCUUUGGUGCUAAUGAUGAGAGUGAGAUCCGACACAAAUUCUUGCCGAUUGAGAGGAAGUUGAGGAACAUAGUCUCUCUGAGGAUGGGGGGAGGAGAACGCGUUAUGUGUAGCGUAUCUACCUGACGCUAAGAACACAAGGACGAAUGUUGCGCAAAUAUGUCCCCUCAUGUGUGCUCCAAAGUCAUGCUCCAUUUCCUGAGCAAUCUCCACAAACCCUCUCCUGUGUGUCCAGUGGCUAUUAACCUUCCCUCCAGCUCUGUGUGUGUAUGUGUACGAGUGAGUGAGAGAGAGAGAGAGAGAGAGAGAGGUAACGAUCGAUUGACUCAAUAAAAGCCAAACUGGAGAGCAAUAGCCCAGCGCUGUGAGCAAUAAUUUCCCUGUUCAACUGAGGAACUCGAGGACAUUAGCAGACGAUGAACUGAGAUGAUUUUUUUAUUUCUUUAUUUUUUGUGGGACUUUAUCCAGUGGGAGAGAAAGCGGCAGAAGAAAGGACAACAUGGAGAUAAAGUGACAUCCAGAUCGCAAACCCAAUUUGGGUAUUGUCAAAUGGGCCUUGCUCGCUCGCUCCCCCUCUAUUGCUUCUGUCCAGACCUGGUUUUGCUGUGAAUUUGCUAGUAUUAUAUCUCUCCUGACUCUCGCUCUCUCUUUUAAAUCAGGGCAAGUUCUCAAGGACACACUGAGUCCACCCUCUGUUUCAUUUGCCCUCAAUUCAAGCAUGCAAAAAGAGCGAGCUGAUCAAGGGAACACUUAUGAAAUUUUCAUGCUGUAUUUUUGUGAUGAAAAAGAGAUUUCAUAAUAUCUAUCUCAGAGAAGUAAAAGAGAACAAUAUGUGUAUAUAAAUCAAAGAAUGAUUAAAAAGUAAUAUUAAAUGCAAUCAAGCAGUGAUGACAGUACUGUAAAUGGGUGCUUUUGGGGAGAUGGACUGCCUGGUCUUGCCAAACCUGCUGUGAGCCAUAAGGACUUUGGACAUGUACAGAUUUGAGUUCCUUUUUGUAUUUGUUUUUAUUAAAUUGUAAUAUUAAUUGCAACCGAAGGCCAUUUUACCCACAGUAAAAAAAAAAAAAUUGUCAUUUUAAAGAACUGAUGGGUACUUGUAAUUUGCUUUUAUAUUUAGUGGAAAAUAUGUAUGAACCUGAAACCUUGUAUUUGUUUGAUUGUUUUCUUUUACUGCUAUAUUUUCCCUUGUGCAAACUUGUUUUUUAUGCUUUUUUUUCUUGUUAAUGGACUAAUUGGACUUUUAAGACCUCCUCACCCAUACUUAAAUACAUGAUUUGUGACUUAAGCAAAAAAGAAAAAAAAAAUACUCAAACUAAAAGCCAACGCACCUUUUUCUGAACAGGUCUUCCAAACGAAAUGAAAAGAAAACAAGCCAGUCCUUUUCUUCCCUAUCCUCUUGUCUUCCGAAAAAGCAAAGUCUUCCACUAGCCAGGGCUUGCCUGAGUGUGGCAAUAACUGCCAAACAGAAUGUGGCUUCCUGCUUAAGCCCCGCCCCUGAUCUUACAGUGGAUGCAGGAACAGGCUGAUUGGCUGCAGCCACUGGAGGCGGAGCUACACACACCUCAGCAUGGAGGCCUGCGUGGAGACUCACCGAAGGCUGACCAUAGACCAACAGCCUGGGUCAUUUGGCCAUCCCCUGCGCCCCUAACCAGCAUGGCAGACGUGCUGCUCUGAAAGCCGACACACCUGGGAGAGUACUGGGACUCUACUGCAUGCAUCCCACUUCGGAAAUACUAGGCAAUGACUCCCCUUUACAGAGCACAGGAUCUCCUUAGCACCUUCUCCUGGCCUCUAACUUGACAUCCUGUGUACGUUUCUAGAGCAAUUAUACAUCUCUGGGUUAGGAGGAGGAAGGGGGUGUGUCUUAUUACUACAUAUUACUGAAUAAACAGUUAUAUUUGUAUUAUUGUAA